AUGGCAUCGACCAUGCCCCCAUACAUGUUGCCGGGCGUGCAAGUGGCACAACCCCCGCACCUUGACGGUGACUCCUCCCUUGCUACAGAAAUCCUUCCUGGGCCGCCUUCCAUCACUUCUGUCCAGCAGGCUGCGCUGAAGAGAGACACAAAGAAACCUGUAUCAUAUUUGCCGCCCUUAGACCCCAACUCCACCUACUCGGCACUUCUGGCGGUUACGCCUGCUGCCAGUAUACCACAAAUCGACAGGCCUCGUACAAAACGCAUGCGAGCGGAGCGAGGAGGUGCGUCCGGGCGUGCUCAACGUGCCACUGCACGCCAUCAGAACGGUCAGACGGCCAUUGCUCCGAUUCCCUCCGCCAGCAACGAAGGCAGUUCAAUUUCUGCCUUGCAGGCUGCGCCAAUCGACGUGGAUGCGGCUCCGAUUUCGGACGAUAUGCCAGAUACUUCUGCUUCUGCUCCUGCCAAAGCCUCAACCGGCAAACCCUCAAACGGCCGUGGGAGACCAAGAAAGGACAAGGGGAAGGGGAAGGAGGUGUCGUCUACUAGCGUAACGGUGAAGGAGGAGCCCAAGACGGUAGUGUUGAACACCCCAGAGCCACCUCUUCCUAUGAUCAACAACAACGAGGACCAUUGUUUUGCGUGUCGGUCUACAGGUGCUCUUAUCUACUGUGACGGAUGUCCCCGAGCUUUUCAUUUCUGGUGUCUCGACCCGCCAGAGGAGAAUGUGGAUGAAGGAAAUAGUAAAUGGUAUUGUCCUGCAUGCACAGCAAAACAGUUUCCACCGCAAAAACCCCCGCCCGGGCUCUUCUCACCCCUCAUCCAACACCUCCUCCACGCCAACCCGAACGAGUAUCAACUACCAGAAGAUAUCAGGACGUUUUUCAAAGAUGUGGCUACGGCUCCGAACGGAGCAUAUGUCGACAGCUCUGAGACCAAACAACCUCGAUUAAAUCGACAUGGUCAACUAGAUGAGCGAGAUCAACAUCGACUUCGUGACAGAAACGGGGUACCUGUGCUUUGUUUUCGUUGUGGGACAUCCGCGCUGCCCGAAUCUGUCGCGGCCGCAGCUCCCGCAGCCAAGAGAGCACGGCGGUCAUCGUCUACCAACGUCUCAGAAACAUGGCGUCCGAUUGUCUCUUGCGAUUAUUGCAGUCUUCAUUGGCAUCUUGAUUGCUUAGAACCACCCCUUGCUAUUAUGCCAACCUUUACCAAGAAGUGGAUGUGUCCGAAUCACUCUGAGCAAGUCAUACCGCUGAAACGUCGAAUACCCAAACACAACGCACCACCAAUAGAUAUUACAGGACCAAACCAGUUCAACAAUGGAAACAUUGAAGUAAUACAACCGGAGACUAUGCCAAAUAAUACGCAGGCGAAGGUAGCCGUGGAUGAGGUGCUGAUCAAUGGUCGCCGCUAUCGGGUUCCAGAGAGGGUUAUUGUAUUGGACUUUUGGAACCGCAUCAACGGGACUUAUGGCAUUCAAUCACAGAUCUCCGAGGAAGAGGACUCGGGCAUGUCAUCACCCCUCACUUCGUUAAGUUCUCUGGAAGGUGACCUGGAAGAUAUAUUCCCACCUUUUGAUUCAUCACACAACGCGGAUGAUUUGCAUGCGGCCAGUUUGCUCAUGGGGUUUAAAGCAAUGUCACAUCUUCGCCCACACCGCUCCCCUUCCAAAACCAACGCACUGGUCAACGGCAUCUCCAAGCAUUCUUCACGGUCCAAGGUUGACACAAGUAAACAAACGGAUGCAGAAGAUAUUUCGGGCAAUCACCACGCGCGUAUCAUAUCAAGGAAUCCCUCUCUCUCAGUCCCCAAGCCUCCCCGGGCCGUCACUGCCAAUGGUAUGGCUCGGACCAUCACAAACGAAUCCACUGUUAGCUCGAUAUCCUCCGCUGGGCCUUCGACAGCACCUGCCAAACGCAGACGGAAGUCUGCCGUCAGUAUUCAGCCGGAACCGAGUGCCAGGGAAUUGCGGUCGAGGACUAAAAGAGAGGAUACGGCGACUAGUAUAACUACUAAGGGGUCUUCAGUCAUUCGUUCAGAAGCAGCUCCGAGCGCGAGAAGAACAGGACCAGCGAAGACAAUGUCCGCUUCUGAAUACCUGGUACAUGCCGGAGUGGUGCCCCCUCGGGAGAUGCGACCUCCAGAUAUCAUCCCGGCUCCCCGUAUCAUUAUAAAGUUGGAGGACACCGAUCAAACGAGCCUCCUCCUUUCAGGGUCUCCCCCAAAGGUGAAACGCCGGGCUCGUAAAACCGUUCAGAAAGAGCAGAAAGAGAAAGAAGUUGAUCCCCCCAAGGAGAAGCGGGGGAGGAAGCGGAAACAGCGAGAUGACGAGGUUGAGCUCGACGAGCCUCCUUCUACGUCUCAGCGGCCCCAAGAAAAGGCUCCAACGACUCGGAGGGUGGUCUCGAAUAAGUCUGAGGUUGACAAGCCCGAAUCUGAUAAGCCUAAACCAAUAAUAACGCGGAAUCGCCCCCCAGCCAACUCGCGCGCGAAGGCCCAGGCGAAGGCGAAGGCCCCGACUGCGAGCUCUACAACAUCGACGCCAACGCUUAAGAUCCGUCUCCCAAGAAUGAGCACAGUUAAUCUCUCCUCGCCCCAACGACAAGGUCUUAACGUCGAUACCCCCACUUGUUUAUAA